AUGUUGAUCACUGAGCUAGCGCUUCGGUGGGGCACGGGGACAUCGGGGGCGCUUCGCCGGGGCGAAGGCCGGGGCGCGCCGUCGCGUGGAGCAUCCGAGGCGCCGCGACUCGCCCACAGUACCCAGCGGGUGCGGCAGAGUACUGCGACAACCGAUCUACCUCACGGGGGGUGUGGGCCCAGCUCCCGCCCACCCGAAGUCGUUGGCCGGGCUGUAUUUUAA